ACGCCAAGUGGCCGGCAAAGGAUGCAAACGUGGAAGCUUCUGCUGGCGCUGGCGGUCGCGGCCGAGAUCGCGGGCGCCGAGAAGGGCGCGGUCGCCAAGUCCAAGUCGGCGCAGGAUCAGGUCAGCGAAGUGGCGUUGGCGGUCGACGGCGACGUGCGGGCCAAGGCGGUGACGGACGCCGACGACGAGGCCAUGCUGCUCACCGCGUUUCGCGCAAAGAAGAAGGCGUCGCACGACGGCGCGAGCACGUCGCUGCGCUGCCGCAUGUGUGGCGCGCAUCUCGCCUGGAAGACCGACGCGAUGGCGCUGCCGGCCGCCACGAAAGGCCGGGCCAAGAGCUACCGGCACGAAGCGGGCUUGGGCGACGCAGGCGAAGUCACCUACUUUGACGGGCCACUCGGCGAUGAAUUUGAGCUCGCGGCUUUUGAGCUCACCGAGGCCAGCGCGACCGAGAGCUACUCGGAGGAAAACUCGUUCUUUGACGACUACAACUGGCGUGUCUUGACGUGCCCCCGCUGCGCGCGCCACGUGGGCUGGAAAUUUACCCACGACCUCCAAGAGCAGUGCAUGAAGAUGGCCAAGCAGCACUUGGCGCCAGCGCCAUCGGUAGCCGCGAUCGCCGAGCUCAAGGCGACUGUCAACGCGGCGUUUGCGAAGCAAAAGUGCCACGUCAUGGCCAACGGCUGGUGGAGCUACCAAGUGUGCUACGAGAGCGAAGUCCGCCAGUUCCACGAGGAGGCCGACGGAAGUCGCCCGUUCGACUGGAGCAUGGGCCGCUUCACCGAAGACCGCAGCACCGAGAAGGAAGUCGUGCACUACUACACCGGCGGCCAGACCUGUGAUGAGAACGGCCAGGCGCGGGCGACGACCGUCAAGUACGUGUGCUGCGCCGAGCAACCGGAGAUUGCAGUCGACACGAUCGAUGAGCCAAGUCUGUGCCAAUACAACAUCCGCGUCUGCGUCCCGUCGCUCUGUGCGGCAUCGUCAACGCCCGAAGUGGUAGCAAAGAAGACGGCCGAGCAGCGCGAGCUCGAAGCCACGUGCUCGCGCAUCGUUGGCGAGGCGGCGCCCAACGUGCUAUCGCAUUUUUACACGCUUCUGUGGCCCGACACGCUCGCCGACGACAGCCGCGACCUCGCGUGGGCCCACGGUCUCAGCGCCGUCACGUCCAUCAUGUCAAUACGUCCGUCAUCUCCAUCGUGUUCCUUUGUAUAA